CGCCAUCCAAACAAAGCAGGUGCUACCAACCAGCCAGUGUAGGCAAGCCGGCUGGCCAGAUUACUCGGAAGAAAUGGAAACGAUACAGGUUUUGAAAGGACUUGAUUCUAUCGACUCAGCUUGUUAGUCGUAGCGCCUGGUGCUGCGGGAGCACAGCCUGGAUAUACACUUAAAAAGGGAUAUUUGGUUUAAGCUGUUGGUAUCUUUCUUUUGCUCUAUCAUGGUUAAGCUAAACGAGACAAUCAAAGACAUAGUCAAUUCCUUGGGUAUACUGUUAGGAUUCCUGUUCUUCUGUGCCAUAUUCACUUUAGCUAUCGGUUUAUAUGCACAAGGCAUGUGGGAUUUAGGAAACCAUAUAGUCCAGAUCACUCAUCUCGGGCCUACCAACUGCACAAUCCUGCGGGCAUCUAUCACCAGCGGCGAUAAUGGUGAUUCAUGGGCCAUUCACGUUAACUAUACCACACCGUCGAGCUCAAGUACUUUGGGCGAAUCUCACGUCUCCUUUCUGGAAGACGCCGACAUAAAUACUCUAUACACUGUCAAUUCUACUAUACCGUGCUUUUACUCGACAUAUGACUUGGACUACGCUACACUGUCUAACGAUGGAGCACCAGCCGUUGAUAUCAUAAUCAUGGUUUUCUCUUUUGCAAUUUGCCUUCCAUUCAUUUGGCUCUUCUUACGAGCUGCAGUAAUAUGCCUGCAUCCUGUGCUGCUGCCUCCCCUCAUGUUCUUGCAGUCAAUACCAAAGAAAGUCGCACAGUUAGGAAAUUUCUUGACAAAUUCCUCUGUCGAGAUAAGUAGGAAACGGAAACGCUUUGUACCUCUUGCACAGUCUGAAGAAGAGGCUUUCGGUCUGGAAAGUACCGAUGGUCUGAUCAUUGCCAGUCCACCCGAUAGCCUUGCUUGAGUACUUAAAUUGAUACCCACUUAUACCUACCCAUUUUGAGCCGACUACAUCCUAUCCAUUCUAUGAUUAAUCAAUAUGUAUAAAGAGACUACGCACGACACUGUCUGAAUGUAAAAUAAAAAGAACAUGUGAAAAACCA